AUGGGCAAACCAACACCCAGGCAACUUCAGCUAUUUUUUAAAAGCCUGGUUCCCUAUAAAGAUCAGCCACCAGGCCAAAACCAAACUUAUCAAAACCUUCUUGUACAUCUGUCUGAUAUGGUCUUCUUGGUACAAAGGCUUAGCCAUUCCAUUAGACAAUUCUCCAAACUGGAUAAUCACCACCACCAUUCGGAAGCCUCAUCGGCUUCUUUACAAACUUUUCGAUCCCAUGUAUCGAAUUGCUUAAACCAACUCUCAUUAGAUUCGAAACCAGGAUUCAAAUACUGGUCCCUGCCAUGGAUUCAUCGAUGUUUCAAGCUACUUCCCGUGGUCAACGAAGCUUUUGCAAAGCUAGCAGUGGACAUGGACUACCCCAUGAGUAAAUGGGAAGCUAUUUCUAUUGAGGAAUACUUCCAGUAUUCCUUGAAUCUGCUAGAACACCUCAAUUCAAUUAGAUCUGCUCUUGCUCAUCUGAGCCAAGCUCGGGUUUCGCUAUCUCAUGCUCUGAGCCUUGUAGAGAAUUCACCUUCUUUAGCAAUGGAGUAUCUGAGAAAAAUUCAGUCAAAAAAACUCAGGAAGGAGUUUGAAAUGAAAGGUAUUGAAGAGAGGGAAGACAUGCCUUGCUCAGGGAAGGAAUUGGUUGUUCAUGAAGCUUUGACAAUCGUGAAGAAUAUUGAAACAUGGGUAUGUGGGAUUGUGUUAUCAGGCCUCUGCAGUGAUGCUAAGCCAUAUAUGAUGAUGAGAAAAUCGGCUGCUCUGUUCGUCGAUUCGUCGUUGAAGGCUCUGGAUUCAAGUGUUUGCAGAGAAAUAGAAGAGAAACAGGGUGUGUUGAAGGAAUUUAAAGAGGUGAAUGAUGCAGUGGAUUGUCUUGUUGAAGCUCUAGACAAUGGAGAAGCUCAUGAGGCUGUCAAGGAAUUGGAAGGAAGAUUGGAGGUGAUUGAAAUGGUUCUGCAGUGUAUAGGGAAGGAACUGGAUUGUCUGUUCUCAAAUGUUCUGGCUGGGAGGGAUGAAUUGAUUGAGAUCCUUCGACAAAAAAGCCAAUAGCAAGACUUUAAUUUCUUUUUUAUAGAAUUGAAUUUGUAAGUCAUUUGUAUGUAGAUUGUAAUUGUAUAAUUUGUUUGCAGAUUAUAUGUUGAU